GCCUUCCCCGCCAUGGAGGCGCGGCUGGUGGCGGCGGCGCGGGAGGAGCUGGGCCCCGCGGCCGGGCGGCGGUGGCCCGCGGCCCGCGCCCUGCAGCUCGCCGGGGAGGUGCUGGCGGUGGCGGCGGGGCUGAAGCCGGCGCUGCUCUACGACUGCGGCGCGGCGGGCCCCGCCGAGCUGCGGCGGUACCUGGCCCGGCUGCGGGCGGCCGGGCUGCUGGCCCCGCGUCGCCUCCACUUGCUGGGCGCGGAGGGCUCGGCCCCGCUGCUGCUGCGGCCGGGGCUCGCCCGGCGGCGGCUGGCGGCUGUGCUGCGGGCCAGCCCCGCGCCCUUCGUGGACGUGGCGGCAGGCCGGCCGUGCCCGGCUCUGUGCGGGCCGGCGGAGGCCGAGGCCAUCAGGGGCCACCUCGCCGCCCUCCUGGCACACUUAGGGGCUGCCGAGGCCACCGGCGCCGGCCCCGUCUCUUCCAGCGAGGUUGUCCCGGCGGGCUGGAACCUUUGCACCGUUGUCGGGGUGCUGCUGGGCUACCCGGCAGCCUACACCUUCCCCGCGGAGGAGGGUGCCGAGAACUGCCUGGCGCUAACGCCGCUGAGAGUGUUCACGGCCCGCGCCUCCUGCCCCAGGAUAAGGGACGGUCUCAGGGUUCAGAUCUACUCCUUCAGCAUCCCGGAGAGCCUGUGCGCGGAGCUGAGGGCGGUGCUGGACGCCUGGCGCGAGGAGCUGGAGGAGGCCUUCGCCGCGCAGAGUGACUUUGUAGAUCUCUGCAUUUCGAGCGAGGUGGUGUCUCUUCCAGCGGUUGCCUUGUAAAACACAAACUCUGACUUUUCAGCCUGUUUCUCACUUGCAUCAGCGACUUGAGGCGAGGGAUCUGGUUCCCGUAUGCGCGGCCCACUGAGGCUCUCUCAAGAGGUCCCUGAGCAACAAAUGCUGAAUUUUUCCAGUCUCGGGCCCUGGACCUCGUAGGCCAGUUGCAAAUCAAACACGUGUACUUCCCAGAAAACCAGUGUGUGGAUGUACAUACUCACUGCUACUAUGCAGCUUCCAUCCAGGCUGCAGAAAAGUAAAGUUUGGGUGUAUUUAUUUGUGGCAAACAGCUGUGGACUAAUAAAAAAUUUGAACAACA